GACGCUUGUCCGCCUCAACCGCCCCCCGGCUUAGCCAAGCAUCACCGCUUGCCCAUUGCCUAAUGUCGCCAUGACCAGCCAGAAUCCUUGCGCCUGCCCCUCAAAGGGCCCUGGUCCACCCAGGUCCCCCUCGAGUUUCCCCCCGUUAUGGCCAACAGGGUGAGGAUCGCGCGCAAGGUUCUGUCAACGCACCUUUCUGCCUUUUGCGGCUUGCCCAGUAGGCUGAACGAUUCCCACCCCGGAUACCUUGCUGCUCUCUCUCAUUUUAUCGUCGACCCAUCCUGCCACCUCCACCCUCGUUCAUUCUCCUCUUUCUUUCUCUUGUCCUUGCACCGCAUCCUUACGCCUUGCCCAGUCUCUGCUUUGAGACGUUCCGCUCUUUACACCGACAUUCGCUGUCUAGUCAUUCGCUUUCGAAGACAUCACGUUCUUUACGAAUCCAACAAGCUCACGCGCUGUUGCAAUUCCAAUUCGCCUUUCCAUGUUGUAGCAUUGAAUCCGGACGCCAAAAUCCGACCGCCGUUGUCACCACGUUGCGCGACGCGCCGACCACCAGGAAUCAGAUCCUGUUUCUGAAUUGUCUUUGGAGGAAACCACAUCGACUCUUGUCGAAACCCCGCUUCCGAGAUGAAGCUCUCUACCAUUAAGGCUGCCGUGGGCUCGGCUUUGGUCCUGCUCUCUGCCCAACCCGCCGAGGCUCAUGAUGGAACUCACCGACACCUUCACAAGUUGAAGUCCGGCCUGGGCCCCAACGAGGAGAUCGAGACGCUUGCCGAGAGGGAUGUCAUCAAGAGAACUUCUGAUGGCAAGGCCAUUUGCAGUUUGCCUAGCGAUGGCGAUCUGGUCAAGGUCCCCGGUGCCAUGAACAACGGCUUUGCUAUGAGCCCCGAUCAAGCCUGUGUUGAAGGAAGUUACUGCCCUAUUGCCUGCAAAGCCGGCAAAGUCAUGGCGCAAUGGGAGCCCGAUUCGACCUACACGUACCCGUCGUCCAUGAACGGUGGCUUGUACUGUGGUUCUGAUGGCAAGGCCUCAAAGCCCAUCAAGGGCUCUCCCUACUGCGUUGAUGGAGCAGGUACUGUUGAGGUUUACAACAAAUGUGGCAAGACUUUGUCCUUCUGCCAAACUGUUCUGCCGGGCAACGAGGCUAUGCUCAUUCCCAGUGUCAUUGACAAAUCCAUCACCCUUGCUGUUCCCGACCCUAGUUACUGGUGCAGCACCAGUGCUCACUACUACAUUAACCCGCCUGGAGUUACGGAUGAGGGUUGUAUCUGGGGCGACUCCUCAAAAGCAGUUGGUAACUGGGCUGCCUACGUCGCGGGAGCCAACCAAGACGGUCAGGGCCGAACUUUCGUCACUCUCGGUUACAACCCCAUCUGGGAGGGUUCCGCGCUCAAAAACACGAAGCCUACCUACGGAGUCAGGAUCGAGUGCCCUGAUGGCGGCUGCAAUGGCACUCCUUGCUCCAUUGACCCCUCUGCCAAUGCUGUUGGGGAGGUGACCAGUAACCAAGCCGGCACCGGCGCUGGCAAUGCCAAGUACUGCGUUGUCACUGUCCCCAAGGGAAAGAAGGGUCGCAUCAUCGUCUUCCCUCUUGACGGUUCCGGAGGAAGCGACUCUGAUGACUCUAAUGAGAAGGAUACCAAGGUUGAAAUCAAGGUCGCCAAGUCUUCCGCUGCUCCCUCGCCCACUCCCACCCCGACUCCCACGCCUACUCCUACUCCUACGCCUACACCGACCCCGACGCCCCCCUCGUCCUCUUCCGCUGCGCCUUCCUCCAAGGCCGUCAAGAGUUCCAGCUCCAAGGAUUCCAGCGCAGCUACCUCCGCCUCCUCGACCACGUCAAGUGCCCCCAGUGUCAUGGCCGGCAUGUUCCACGAGAACGAUAAUUCGACAACCACGUCCUCCGACUCUGACAGCACGACUUCCAAGCCCGCCACCGCCACAGAAACGGAAGAAUCAGCGCCCGCCACGACCUCCAAGGAGAACGAAGGUGUUAGGCAAGGCGGUGGGGCCAUUGCGGGCCUCGUCAUCGCCUUCGUUGCAGCUACGUUCCUCUACUGAGUGUGCUCAGUUGAUAGUCGUAUUCUUUCUUUCGCCAUAGCCAGCAGCAGCAGCCCGUUCUUCGCUUCCAAGUCCAUGCUUGUCAACACGACGCAGCGCCGUCCUUUUGCUGCCACCAGCCGACCUCGAUUGUCUCGGAACCAGCCCGCUCGGUCGGAUGUACCCUUCCCACCCCUUGGGCAAGCUCGCUUGCCACGUACCUUUUGCGCUGCUGGCACUUCUUCGUUUCGACCCGCUGCUUACGACCAUGCGGCAAAUUUUGCAUACACGCCGGUAACACAUGGCACUUUCAUCCAUAACAACUUAUCUGGACGUAUACAUCGAAUCCCUGCGAUACUAUCGCGACAGUCUAGUGUUUAUUGUCUUAGCAUUCUCGUGUUGACCACACGAGCAGGCAAAGCUUUCUUUCGGGUAUCUUCUACUCGGCUCCUCUGACGAGGAGCAUUUACAUAUUUUCGGAUCGGCUUGCUUCUCAUCUAUACCCAUUUACGCACGUAUUAUUUUGAUCUUAUAUUAUAUUAUUCGAGGAACAUGUGGAGGAAGCUUUUAUGUGAAAUGGAACAUCGGUCAUGACAUGGAGGGGAAGCGGGGUAUCUAGGACCGGAAAAUCUUAUUCCAUGAGGGGAACUGUAUUAUGUGAGAACGUGCUUGGAGACCGCGUGGAUGAGCAUUGCCCGAGAGCAACGGGAGGUGAUGUGGAAUGGUAUGUGGACAAGACAUGAUGGCUUGUCGAGCGUCUGUUGAUGUUUGUUCUAGGGUAGUCCAGAC